AUGGUCUACGCGUGCGUCGCCGUACUCGUGAUGGAAGCAAUGCGCCACCGGAAAACCCUAGAGGCUAAGAGCACGCUCAAGCUGUACACCUCUUGGAUUUACCACUACAAGAGUCACCUGAGCGGGGCCAGCAUCGGCGAGAUCACACUCCCAUACAUCUUCUUGUACCGACUCGCUAGCACCUCGUUGGUGAACCUGGAAAACCAGCCGGUCGUCAUGGUGAUCGCCGCGCGGAACUCGAAGACAUCCAAGGAUGCACGUAUUCAGCAGAGCUACGCGGCGUGGCACCUCGAAGCGGAGUUGUGCGCCGUCGGCGAGGCCGGCCUGUGGCUGCACUUUAUCCUCGACUGGAUCGGCCAGUUUCACGGCGCCGACCUCAUUCCGCCGGUGGACACCAGCACGCGCGAGCGCUCGUACAAGAAGCACAUGUUCUUUGCCCGCAACGAUGAGGAGCAAAAUGAACUCCCUGCUGCCAGCCACCAGCAAUGGAUGAGGCAGAUGUGGAAGACGAACGGGGUGUUCCGCAAGCGGAACGUCCACGCCGCUCGAGCAGGCAGGGCGCAGGAGAUGGCCAUCGGUGGUACGUAUCGCGCCGAGAUAGCCGAGCUUGGCCACUGGGCGAUCAACAAGAUGACUCGAGCUUACAUCACAGCCAUUUCCGUCGGCGUGGUGAUGAAGAAGGCCGGCUAUUCGGGUGCCAAGCAAGACUACUUCUUGGGUCGCAGUAGGGUGCCACCCUUCGAUGAACUCCUGGAGCUCAUCGCCAAGCACAUCUUCCCCAGCGUUGACGACCUGCUUAAGAAGCCGGGAUUUGUCGACCGCCACACCCUCCUCAAAGGCGCGACGCAUGGAGCACUCGGGAAGAGGAUGCGCCACAUGAUAAAGGUCAUUGAUGCAGUGCGCCAUCUUCCCCGGAGCGACGGCGAGGCCGACACAGAAGCCGUCGUCGCUGCGCUUAACAAGAUCGCGGCACGUGGCAUUGGGACCUUCUCGGAUGCCCUCACUGUGCUCAACGCGGACACCAUAGCGACGUACUCCGAGCCGGGUAAGGGCGUUAAGGGGCUCGGCAAGAGGGAAGUUUCCAAGCUUCGUGUCGCCUGUGCGUUCAUGGCUCGCGGGCUGAAGCCAGAAAAGUGGGUCGCCGAGCUGUUCCCGGACACCUGGAAGGAGCAGAUGAAGAUGACGUUGGCCGACAUGGCCUAG